CAGGGCUCUUACGGGGAGCCGAACACUGCAAGAGGGACUCAGGGGAAGGGCUGAGAAAAUGCUCUUGUAUACCAACAGGAUGUCACGGCAGGCUAAACUCCAGACACCAAGGAGCUGCGAAAACAAGUUGAAUCUCGAUGGAAUCUGGUGAAAUUGCCGUGUAGAUGGACCCCACGUGGCUCGCCAAUGCAAUCCAGGGAUACAAACUUGGGUAGAGGUGACAAAAAUACCACAGCGAACGAGGACAAUAUCUCUUCUGUCUGUCUCUGCUCAGCAAGGCUGCUCUGGCUUUGGCUCCACAUUUACCACGGGUCCUGUUUAUCCGUGUGGAGCGAUGAGUGUGCAGCGGGACUGUCUCUCAUGCCACCCCUAACAUGAUGCUGCUGACACUAACAGGGAUAAUGUCAGUGAUGAAGACGGUGGCACCGGAAACUGGCCCACUGGCAGCCCCGUAUCACACACACUCAGAAAUCGUUUGUUUUUAAGACAAAAAGCUGAAACAGAGGAAGAAGUGAAGCCAGCGCCGAUGAUCCUUCCGUCAUUCAGAACAUCAUCAAAUACAUCUCUGUAUUUUGGGACGAAUACAUCAUCUGGACACCUGUAGCUGUUGGUUGAGCGUCUGCGUUUGUGGACUGAUCAUGGCCAGCAUGGCGGUUCAGCUCCUUGGCUUCUUCCUAGGGCUGUUGGGGUUUGCAGGGGCCGUGGUUGCAACCCUGCUCCCCCACUGGCGCAGCACGGCCUACAUGGGCUCUAACAUCAUCACAGCCACCGGCUAUAUGAAAGGCCUGUGGAUGGAGUGUGUCUGGCACAGCACCGGCAUUUACCAGUGUGAGCUGUACAGAUCUCUGCUGGCUCUGCCGCGCGACCUGCAGGCUGCCCGGGCUCUCAUGGUGCUCUCCUGCAUAACCUCGGUCCUGGCCUCCAUGAUUGCUGUGAUGGGGAUGAAGUGUACACACUUCGCUCAAAGUCCACUGAUCAAAUCUCUGCUGGUGCUGAGCGGAGGGAUAUGCUACAUCUGCGCUGGCUUUCUCUGCCUGGUCACUGUGUCCUGGACCACCAACGACGUCAUCAUGGAUUUCUACGACCCCUUCCUUCCCAGCGGGAUGAAGUACGAGAUCGGCCUGGCUGUGUACCUGGGUUACGCCUCGGCCUGCCUCAGUCUCACUGGGGGACUGGUGCUGUGCUGGAGUAGCCGAGAGGACGGGUCCCGGAGCCCUCCUUAUAUCCAGAGGAGUCUCCCGUCAUCCCCUCCCCUCGCCUUCUACAACACAUACCCCCCUGCUCCGCUCUACAAGCCCCCCGAAGCUCUGAAGGGCAAUCAUGCCCCCUCAGUUUACUCCCUGUCCAGCAGUGGCUACAGACUCAACAACUACGUAUAAAGACUGUGGAUAUUGUACCUUAAUUGUGGGACUACAGCGACUGCUUAUUGAUGAAAAAGAUUAUGUGGACCAAAACAAUUUGGCAACUUAUGUUUUGUAUUUAAAUGCUCUUUUUAAAUCUACUACAUACCCAUAACACAAUUAGCACGUCACAUCAUCAUUUUUUUACCACUUACACUGUAUGUGUGUGAGGAAGAAAUUGAAGUGAGGCCUCUGGGUUUCUGGCUUAGUUGUAGUGAACCCAAGAGACCAGAAGGUGGCGAGACUUUACAGUGAAUAGUCGCAAAACACCAACUUUAAGUCGGAUUCUGCUUUCUAAAUUGAGAAGCUUAUGACCACAGUGCUAUCACCUUUUUGUUUGUUUGUUUGUUUAAGCCUACCUACUAGUUAAAUUUAUGAAUAAACCUUUACUGAGAAUGUUAAGUAAUGGCUUCAUUCCAUGUGUUGCUUAAAGCUCCUUUGGGCCAGACUAACUGAGAUUAUCUGUAAAUGUAACCACCAGAUUUGACACUGGAAUUCUGUCUACCUGCCUGAU